AUGCGGCUCUGGAGUUGGGUGCUGCGCCUGGGGCUGCUGAGCGCCGCGCUGGGCUGCGGGCUGGCCGAGCGCCCCCGCCGGGCCCGGAGAGACCCGCGGGCCGGCCGCCCCCCGCGCCCCGCCGCCGGCCCGGCCACCUGCGCCACCCGGGCGGCCCGCGGCCGCCGCGCCCCUCCGCCGCCGCCGCCGCCGCCGCCGCCGGGCGGUGCCUGGGAAGCCGUGCGCGUCCCCCGGCGGCGGCAGCAGCGGGAGGCGAGGGGCGCCGCCGAGGAGCCGAGCCCGCCGAGCCGGGCGCUCUAUUUCAGCGGGCGAGGCGAGCAGCUGCGCCUCCGGGCCGACCUCGAGCUGCCCCGGGACGCGUUCACGCUGCAAGUGUGGCUGCGAGCGGAGGGGGGCCAGAGGUCUCCGGCGGUGAUCACAGGGCUGUAUGACAAAUGUUCUUAUACCUCACGUGACCGAGGAUGGGUCGUGGGAAUUCACACCGUCAGUGACCAAGGCAACAGAGACCCACGCUACUUUUUCUCCCUGAAGACAGACCGAGCCCGGCAAGUAACCACCAUCAAUGCCCACCGCAGCUACCUCCCAGGCCAGUGGGUGCACCUAGCUGCCACCUAUGACGGGCGGCUGAUGAAACUCUACGUGAACGGUGCCCAGGUGGCCACCUCGGGGGAGCAGGUGGGCGGCAUCUUCAGCCCAUUGACCCAGAAGUGUAAAGUGCUCAUGUUGGGGGGCAGUGCUCUGAAUCACAACUACCGGGGCUACAUUGAGCGCUUCAGUCUGUGGAAGGUGGCCCGGACUCAGCAGGAGGUACUGCUCGACAUGGAAACCCAUGGCCUCCACGCGCCUCUACCUCAGCUCCUCCUCCAGGAGAACUGGGACAACGUGAAGCACACCUGGUCCCCCAUGAAGGAUGGCAACAUCCCCCAAGUGGAGCUCAGCGGUGCCCACGGCUUCCUGCUGGACACAAGUCUGGAGCCUCCAUUGUGUGGGCAGACAUUGUGUGACAACAUGGAGGUCAUUGCUAGCUACAACCAGCUCCCGCGAUUCCGCCGACCCAAGGUGGUGCGCUACCGCGUGGUCAACCUCCAUGACGACAACCAUGAGAACCCCACGGUGAGCCGUCAGCAGAUCGACUUCCAGCACCGGCAGCUGGCCGAGGCCUUCAGACACUACAACAUCUCCUGGGAUCUGGAGGUGCUCGAGGUGAGCAACUCCUCCCUGCGCCACCGCCUCGUCCUGGCCAACUGCGACAUCAGCAAGAUUGGGGAUGAGAGCUGCGACCUCGAGUGCAACCACACGCUGACUGGCCACGACGGCGGGGACUGCCGCCACCUGCGCCACCCUGCCUUCGUGAAGAAGCAGCACAACGGGGUGUGCGACAUGGACUGUAAUUAUGAACGGUUCAACUUUGAUGGCGGAGAGUGCUGCGACCCCGAAAUCACGGAUGUCACCAAGACUUGCUUCGACCCUGACUCUCCACACAGAGCAUACUUGGAUGUUAAUGAACUGAAGAACAUUCUUAGACUGGAUGGAUCAACACACCUUAAUAUCUUCUUUGCAAACUCCUCGGAGGAGGAAUUGGCAGGAGUAGCAACUUGGCCAUGGGACAAGGAGGCCCUAAUGCACUUAGGUGGCAUUGUCUUGAAUCCGUCUUUCUACGGCAUUCCUGGGCACACCCACACCAUGAUCCAUGAGAUCGGGCACAGCCUGGGCCUCUACCACAUCUUUCGAGGCAUCUCAGAGAUCCAGUCUUGUAGUGAUCCCUGCAUGGAGACGGAACCCUCCUUUGAGACGGGAGACCUCUGCAGCGAUACCAAUCCAGCCCCAAAACACAAGUUCUGUGGUGAUCCGGGACCAGGGAAUGACACCUGUGGCUUCCAUAGCUUCUUCAACACCCCUUACAACAACUUCAUGAGCUACGCAGAUGACGACUGCACAGACUCCUUCACGCCCAAUCAAGUCGCCAGAAUGCACUGUUACCUGGACCUGGUCUACCAGAGCUGGCAGCCCUCCAGGAAGCCGGCGCCCGUCGCCCUGGCCCCCCAGAUCGUGGGCCACACGAGCGACUCCGUGACACUGGAGUGGUUUCCGCCCAUCGAUGGCCACUUCUUUGAAAGAGAAUUGGGAUCAGCAUGUGACCUUUGCCUGGAAGGGAGAAUCCUGGUGCAGUAUGCCGUCAACGCCUCCUCCCCGAUGCCCUGUGGCCCAUCAGGACACUGGAGUCCUCGAGAAGCAGAAGGUCAUCCAGAUGUUGAACAGCCCUGUAAGUCCAGUGUCCGCACGUGGAGUCCAAAUUCAGCUGUCAACCCACACACAGUCCCUCCAGCCUGCCCUGAGCCACAAGGCUGCUACCUUGAACUGGAAUUCCGCUACCCCUUGGUCCCUGAAUCUUUAACCGUCUGGGUGACCUUUGUCUCCACUGAUUGGGACUCUAGUGGGGCUGUCAAUGACAUCAAACUGUUAACUGUCAGUGGGAAGAACAUCUCUCUGGGCCCUCAGAACGUCUUCUGCGAUGUCCCACUGACCAUCAAACUCCGGGAUGUGGGUGAGGAGGUGUACGGCAUCCAGAUCUACACAUUGGAUGAGCACCUAGAGAUUGAUGCAGCCAUGUUGACCUCCAUUGCAGACAGCCCUCUCUGUCUAGAGUGUAAGCCUCUGCAGUACAAGGUGGUCCGGGACCCUCCUCUCCACGUGGACAUGGCCUCCCUCCUAUACCUCAAUAGAAGAUUCACGGACACGGAUCUCAGUCUUGGCAAUGUGUACCAGUACUGGGUCAUCACUAUUUCCGGAAGUGAAGAGAGUGAGCCAUCGCCAGCUGCCAUCUACAUCCAUGGAAGUGGAUACUGUGGUGAUGGCAUUAUCCAGAAAAGCCAAGGUGAGGAAUGUGAUGACAUGAACAAGCUCAGCGGUGACGGCUGCUCCCUCUUCUGCCGACAGGAAGACUCCUUCAAUUGCAUUGAUGAACCUAGCCGGUGCUAUUUCCAUGAUGGUGAUGGUGUGUGUGAGGAGUUUGAACAAAAAACUAGCAUCAAGGACUGUGGGGUCUACACACCCCAGGGGUUCCUGGAUCAGUGGGCAUCCAAUGCUUCAGUUUCGCAUCAGGACCAGCAGUGUCCAGGCUGGGUCAUCAUCGGUCAGCCAGCAGCCUCCCAGGUGUGUCGAACCAAGGUGAUAGAUCUCAGUGAAGGCAUUUCCCAGCAUGCCUGGUACCCUUGUACCUUCAGCUACCCAUACUCCCAGAUGGCUCAGACCACUUUCUGGCUCCGGGCAUACUUUUCUCAGCCAAUGGUUGCCGCAGCUGUCAUCGUCCACCUGGUGACGGAUGGCACCUAUUAUGGGGACCAGAAACAGGAGACCAUCAGCGUACAGCUGUUUGAUACCAAAGAUCAGAGCCACGAUCUCGGCCUCCAUGUCCUGAGCUGCAGGAACAAUCCCCUGAUUAUCCCUGUGGUACAUGACCUCAGCCGGCCCUUCUACCAUAGCCGGGCGGUUCGUGUGAGCUUCAGUUCACCCCUGGUCGCCAUCUCGGGGGUGGCCCUCCGCUCCUUCGACAACUUUGACCCCGUCACCCUGAGCAGCUGCCAGAGAGGGGAGACCUACAGCUCUGCUGAGCAGAGCUGUGUGCACUUCGCAUGUGAGGCUGCCGACUGCCCGGAGCUGGCCGUGGAGAACGCGUCUCUCAACUGCUCCAGCAGUGACCGCUACCACGGCGCCCGCUGCACCGUGCGCUGCCGGACAGGCUACGUGCUCCAGAUACAGCGGGACGACGAGCUCAUUAAGAGCCAGGUGGGACCCAGUGUCACGGUGACCUGCAGCGAGGGCAAGUGGAACAAACAGGUGGCUUGCGAGCCCGUGGACUGCGGCGUCCCGGACCAGCAUCACGUCCACGCCGCGUCCUUCUCCUGCCUUCAAGGCACCACCUUUGGCAGCAAAUGCUCCUUCCAGUGCCGUCACCCUGCACAGCUGAAAGGCAACAACAGCCUCCUGACCUGUAUGGAGGAUGGCCUGUGGUCCUUCCCGGAGGCCCUGUGUGAGCUCAUGUGCCUAGCUCCGCCCCCGGUUCCCAACGCCGACCUCCAGACGGCCCGGUGCCGUGAGAACAAGCACAAGGUGGGCUCUUUCUGCAAGUACAAGUGCAAACCUGGAUAUCACGUGCCUGGCUCCUCUCGGAAGUCAAAGAAACGGGCCUUCAAGACUCAGUGUACCCAAGAUGGCAGCUGGCAGGAGGGAGCUUGCGUUCCUGUGACCUGUGACCCACCUCCGCCAAAAUUCCAUGGGCUCUACCAGUGCACCAAUGGCUUCCAGUUCAACAGCGAGUGUCGAAUCAAGUGCGAAGACGGCGAUGCUGCCCAGGGACAUGGGAACAACAUCAUCCACUGCCGGAAAGAUGGCACCUGGAGUGGCUCCUUCCACAUCUGCCAGGAGAUGCAAGGCCAGUGCUCGGCCCCGGACCAGCUCAACGGCAACCUCAAACUGCAGUGCCCGGAAGGCUAUGCCAUAGGGUCGGAGUGUGUCACCUCGUGCCUGGACCACAACAGCGAGUCCAUCAUCCUGCCAGUGAACGUGACCGUACGGGACAUCCCGCACUGGCUGAACCCCACACGGGUAGAGAGAGUUGUCUGCACAGCUGGUCUCAAGUGGUAUCCUCACCCUGCCCUGAUUCACUGCGUCAAAGGCUGUGAGCCCUUCAUGGGAGACAAUUACUGUGAUGCCAUCAACAACCGAGCCUUCUGCAACUACGAUGGUGGGGACUGCUGUGCCUCUACGGUGAAGACCAAGAAGGUCACCCCCUUCCCUAUGUCCUGUGACCUACAAGGUGACUGUGCUUGUCGGGACCCCCAGGCCCAAGAACACAGCCGGAAAGACCUCCGGGGGUACAGCCAUGGCUAAGGAAGGACAAGGAGUUGACAAAGAAUUCCCAGCGCCAGGACCCGCAUCCCUUUGGUAUUGAUUUCACAGUCAGCUGCUCAACGGAAUGGCCUCCCCACACCAGGGAUCCUUAGCACCCAACCGGUCUGCCUUUAAUUUCACCCAGGAAGGACUCAUAGUAGGGGCGCAUGAACCAAGUCUCGCCAUGUUGGAUGAUGAAAUGGAAUCCCAUCCCAAAGUCUUAGAAGGAUUGCAUAUACAAGUGUGCAGUCCCAGAGCCUACAAUUCUCAUCAUUUGUCACACAACCACAGCAAGAAACAUGUUCUAUAUUUAGGAGUGUGCACAUAUGUGGUUAGUACACACGCAUGCAUCCGCACCCAAACAAACAUCUGCAUGAGGGCAGUUUGGGAGACUGAGCAGAGAGAUACUGGAACAUACUCAGUCUUUCCUUUCCCAAGCUUCUAGCCAAUACUGUCCUUGGGAGAAGGAGAGUUGCAGAAACUGCCAAGGCCAAGUGUUGAGAUGUCAAGAUAGCUUGCACUCGGAGGCUUGGAACAUGUAGGGCAUGCACAACAGUGCAGUCCUUUGGGAUUAGAAGUGAAAUGGUCUCUGACCACCUACCUUCUAGGGAAGUAGAACCCAGGAUGAGGUAAAGAAUCCAAGGUACGAAAAGCCCCCCAAUUCUGCUGCCAUGGGGGAUUUUACCCCAACUCCAGGGUUUGAGGCCAAGCUGGAAAUGGCAUAGGGUUGCAGUGUCAAGGUAUUAUAACAGCCCCCUGCUUGAGGCCAUAAUACCCCUCCAGAACCUACCCAUUCCCCCAGUCUUGCCUUGGGACCACAUUCGCUGCUACUUUUCCUGCUGCUCUAUCCUAUACAUUGAGUACCCCCAAGAUGGUAGGACCAGGUUAGGAAAAACCCCACACAACCAAACAGUCUGCCUUAAAAGUGACCCACAUUUUCCCACAGCUCCUCACUUCUUAGCCCUUCUGCAAGAGAUAAAUCCUCAUUGGCCCACAUGGUGAGAAGUUAAAUCCCCCAUGGGUGGGCUUCUCAUCCUGAAAGGGAGUAGAGGGACUGGAGAUGCUGAAACCCUCACUGAGAGUCCAGAAUGUCUGAGCCAGUGUUAGAUUUUAUAAUCCAAGUGGACCAGUGUUAAAUGUCUAUGAUGUUGGGGCCACCCAGAGACUGCCGGGAUAGUGCAGACUCUUGAGUUACUAUUUUUAUCCAAGCUUCCCUGGCCCUCCGGGUUAGAUCAGGCUUUGGUGCUGAGGACCUCACUGUGGCCCUGAGAAGCUAUAAUUCUAGAACAGAGAAUCAUCUUGGGUAGAAUCCAUCUAAACUGUGUUCUCAAGGGCUGUCAGAGGAAAGCCCAAGAGUUCACAGACUCAGUCCCCACCAACCCAAUAUGGUCAUCAUCUUCCAGCUACCAGGACACCCAUCCAGACCUGUGGUUGGUGAAUCCGUCUCUCCUUCCCAUGUUUAGCCUCUGAAAGUUGAGAGGAAGGUAGUCCAGUACACAUGGAAGUCCCUACCUCACUGGGGUCCUCUUUGCCUGUUCCACCAGUUACUGUCCACUCCUUUCAAAUUAAUAUGGGAAGAAAUUAAUACAGAAUGAGGUAGCAAGAAUGGUCAAGCUGGACAUAAUCUCUGAGACCUGGAACUGAGACAGUGAGGCAAUGGGAGGGUAUCACACAAAGACUGCUGUAAAUCAAGUCAUCUCAAAUCUCGUGAAAACAAUCAACAAAAACAAAGUCUAGCAUAGGACUGGGAAACCCCAGGCAUACGUGCUGACCCUCCUCAUUCCUGUACAUGAGGCAGAUGCUGUUCGUCAGUCAUAGUCCUUUUCCCUAUGGGGACCAAAAAUAAUUUCAGGAACCUUCUUACAAUACUCCCAACAGCUGCUGACCAAGAACACUUGAGAAGCCAACAUACCAAGGUGCUUUUCGCAUAGGUGCCCACAGAUUAGGAUGUAGGGCUUAGAUUUGCAUGGCUCGUACCUUAUUCCAAACCCUGAGACUGGGUUCCAGAAUGGAGGGGCUGCCACCAUGGUUAAGGACAGGCUCAAAUCCUUUAUGUUUCUUUUACACACUCAUAUCUCAUGUAUAUCCAGAGCAUUUUCUUGUAGUUGCGAGGGCCAAUCUUAGCAAAAUAAUCAUAAAAAAUGGAAGAACUGAUUCCAUUUUGUACUCCUUCCAGUACCUUAGAAAUCUUGCCAACUAGUAAUGCCCCUCUCUUGCCCUAGCUGAGUUACCAACGUGUGUGGUUAGCUGACAAGACACGAACUGAGAAAGGUAACUGUGUGGGCCCUCCCAGUUGCUCUAUCACAAGAAUAAGUAGCACAAAACCCUUGGAGACCCAAAGAUGCCAUCGCUGAUAAUAGGGUUGCAGGAACCAUAGAAAAACCUCACCAUCUUCCCUUCAAUUGACCUGACCCUCAUCCUCCUUCUUCCUUCUCCCUCACACGGUCUGUGCCCACACUCUCCAGCUGAGCAAAGCUUCCUAGAGGCUGACUUCCAUCUUCCGACUCACGGACUGAGUCAAGUAAGGAGCCACCCAGUCUCCUCCUGACCAUCAUUCAAACCUGUUACUCAUAAAUUCAUAUUUGCCAAGGGAUAUUAGUCAAGACAGGCUACUUGAUGAAUGGCCAGCCUCAUGCCCACAGGGAAGGCCCUUCUCAAAACUUAGUGAAAGAGACUUCGUUCUAUUCAUGCAAUGCAUUGAUUUCUGGCUUCCUUUUCAUUCUGGGAAUAAAUUCACUGUCUUAUCACUUCAAUUAUCUCCUGUUUAGGAUCAUGGAGUACUCACAAGGAGGCAGGUUGACCUGUUGUCUAUCAGCAGCUCAGGGGCCCUAAAGCAGAUGAGGGUUCUGGGUCUGCAGAAGUAUUAGCCUGUUGGCAGCAAGAAAGAAAAGAGGAGGAAGACGGUUCUCUGAACCCUGUUUUGGGGAGCCUUUCCAAGCCACAACCCUAACUGCAUGCCCAGAGGACUUGUACUACCCCCAUAUUCUGUGCCAACCACCUCUUAAGGGAAGGCAGUCCCUGGGAAGUCCAUUUUGAUGGCUGAAUUAGGGUGUUAAAAAAAGGAGUGAUGGAUGGUCAUAAAGAGCAGGGCUGUGAAGACGGAGGGUAUCAGCUGCUAUUCCUGCCUUCAGCAUGUUGAGUUACUGCCUAGACAGUUCUCUUGGUCUUUUUCCCACCUUGGCCCAUGCUUAAAUGCUAUUUGUUGAAAAUAAUUCUUUGAGACAGAUUUCAGCUACCUCCCUUCCAGGUUCAGUUUAACUUGGUUGUAACUGUCAAUUUGUGAUAGGUCUUACCUGUGUUUUAAAAAGAAAAAGAAAGAAAGAAAGAAAAAGACAGGAAGGAGGAAAGGAAGAAAGAAAACCAUAAAUCCAAGUUAACCAUUUUAGGGGUUUCUGUGUUUUGUGUGUGUGUGUGUUUGUUGUUUGUUUGUUUUCUGGAACUA